AUGCUGAAGAAGCAGAAGAAGCAGAAGAAGAGACGAGAAGACGAGAAAAAAAAGAAGAUGAAGAGAAGAUGGAUGUCUUACUCGGAAGACAUCCCAGAAGCAGCAGCAGAGUGCCAGUGUAGGGUUCUAGAGUCAACUGCAACUGCACGACGGCAGCAGGAGGUGACUAUGUAG